AUGAAGCUUUUGGUAUCGUCCGAUGAUAAUGGACAAGUGAAAGAAGUCAUAUUCAAUAGAGGAACUGAUACUUCGAAGAAAGAUGGUCAACAACCUAUAUCAAUUAAGAAUUUCUGUACCGAACCAAAGGUUAUUUCUAAAUCUCGUUUAAUAAAUUUUUCAGAUAAAUAUCUUGUAGCUGCCAAAUUAGGAGGUAGUUUGAAUAUUUAUGAAUUACCUGAUGAAGAAAUUGAAAUGGAAGAUGAAGAAAAGUACAAAUUGUUACAUCUGUAUAAUCUUGAAGUAGAGAAAGGUGAUGUUCCAAUUGCUUUAAUUGCUAACGAUGAGUUAGAAAGUAUAAUAGUUGCAUAUGAAUCAAGUAAAGUGUUUAUAAUAAACUUAAGUAAUGAAGACUUUAAUGUUGAUCCAAUCUUAAUAAAUCUUGAUAUAAACAAACCAAUAGCUGCCUUUGUUGAAAAUCCUUAUGAGCAUGGUACUUUUGCAUAUGGUGGGAAAGAAGUUGAUGUUAAAAUCAUUCGUUUGUUUGAAAAAAAUGUUAAUCAUGAAAUAUUUUCCAAGAAAGAUUAUAAGAAAAGCUUCAUUCCAAAAGAAUUAUUCAAAGCUAAGAAUGCUAAAAAUGAUCAUUUAGAUUUAAGACCACAAAUUUGGAUAAGUCAAAUAUUAUUUUUCAAAGAUCAACCUACAAAUGGCUACAAAUUCAUUACUGCUACCAGAUACGGACAAAUACGUUUAUAUGAUACAACACAUGGAAGAAGACCAAUCAAAGAUUUUAAAUUAUGCGACAAACCAAUAAUCACCUUAUCAUUUGUGAAUGAAAACGAAUCAGAAAUAAUAGUCACCGAUACUCAUAACUUAAUUGCCAAACAUUCCUUAACUUUGGUAGAUGAAAACGCACAUAAAACUAUAUCUGCAUCUGCUGGUGUGAUCAUUAAGCCAGUUGCUAAACUUUUAGGUAAAUUCUCUGAAGGAGGAAAUACAGGUGCUACUUUUGGAGUUGCAUCAAAUGGAGAAAUUUUAGUUACCGGUGGUUUAGACAGAUAUGUGAGAGUUUUCGAUAUUGAGUCUAGAGAACUCUUAGGAAAAGUAUAUCUUGGAGUAGAAAUCUCAUCCAUCCUUAUUGUAGAUGAUGAAGAUGAAAUUGAGGAAGCCGAUAUUGUCAAUGAAGCACCAAUAAUUCAAAAGAGAAAGAGAAGAGAUAUUGCUACUGAAGCAAAAGAAGAAAGUGAUGAAGAGGACUUAUGGAAUGAGUUAGAGAUAAACGAGAAGAAGUCUACCAAAAAGCAAAAAACUGUAUAA